GGCCAAUAGCAGCCUCGGAAUCUCGGGCUGGGCAAUUCAUCAUACGACCCCCCAGCUUUUAGCACCACUAUUCCGGCAAGCUUUUGGCCUUGGACGAAGCAAAACCACGUUCGUGCCAAAAAAUCGCAACACCCGAUUCUUCCCACCUACCAGCCAAUCCGACCCGACAAAAUGGCUUCCAUGAUCACCCGCCGUUUCUUCUCCACGACUGUCCGUCGUCUGCAGACGACCAGCAAGCAGGAGCUCCAGGCUGAGUCCAAGCGAAACCCCGAGACUUAUAUCCUCGGUGGUGUUAUGGUCCUCGCUCUGGGCGGUGCUGGCUUCUACUUCGGCCGAUCUCCCACUGGAGCCACUUCCGAGUCCCCCGUCAACGUCGACAAGAUGGCCUGGGAGGGCGGCUCUCAGGGCAAGUACUCCUACCACCCCGGCGGCGACCCCAACGCUGCUCCCCGCGAUGCCCCCAGCGCCCUCAACGUUGUCAUCAUCCCCAACGUCACCGCUCCCAAGGAGUACCACGACAAGUACAACAAGUGGGGCAAGGAGGGCUACCCUUAAAAAGAUGGAAUAUGGGUUGCAUGGAACCGUGGGAUGGUGACGGAGGAGGUAGAGCAGGCAUACUUUGUAUUUAAAUGAGGCGGGUUCGCCUGUGUAGACAUAUGAAUGGAUGUGGUGGGGGCG